UUGUCAUUAUAUAAAUAAUCAAUAUACCCUCAUGUUACAAUAUUUAUCAUAUCUAAAAUAUAACAGUUGUUGAGAUAGCCUCAUGUUUAACGUACUAUAUAUUAAAAUAAAAUACUAUGCUUCUUUAUUCAACAUUUCUAAAUAGUAUCUUUUUGAAUUGCAUAAAAUAUAUAAAUAAAUAAUUAUAAUUUUUAAAAUAAUUUUAGUGCAUAUAACAUAACACAAGUGAAUGUUAAAUCAUAAAAAAUUUAUACAUACAUAAGAUGUAUCAUAUAAUACUUAAUAUAUCUACAUACAUGUUAUUAUUAUCCAGUGUUCUUACUAUAAUAGUUUUAUUAAAAAGACAAUUUAAAGAAUGGAGAAAUACACCAUUAUAUAUUUUGUCAAUAUCUGAUGUAUUAUUUUCUAUAUUUACAUCAAGUAUAUUGUUUACAAAUUUUAUGAUACAUAUUACUUAUUUGAAUCACAAUAAAGUGAAUAAUAAAAUAUUUCCAAUAAAUGAAAGUACAUGGAAUAUAGAAGAUAUUAAUUCUAAUCAACAAAUUAAAUUUAAAAAAUUUAUGGAAUAUACUAUUAAUAUAAAUCAAAACAACUUUAACAUGAUUCCACAGUGUAAUAUAAUAAAAAUAAUAAUAAAAUAUGGAAUGUUAUUUUUUCCAUUUACAAAUUCAUUUGUGUCUUUAUUAAUAUUUUCUGUACAAUGCAAUUUAAAUGCAUUUCAUCUUACAAAUCAAUAUUUUAAACUGUUACAAACUGAAGAAAUAAUACAUAAAGAGAAUAUUAAUAUAAAUAAAUUUAAUAUUUUACAUAUAUUCAAAUGUAAUAAAAUGAAAAAAGAUAAAAAAUUUACUGUCAUAUUUAUCUUAAAUCAAUGGAUUUUGCCUAUUAUUGUUACAGGACUUUUAUAUUUUUCUGAAUAUGAUACAAAUCUUACAAAUGACAUGGAAAAUAAAAAAUGUUUUAGUGAAAAUAUACUUUUUCUUGAUGAUUGUUAUAAUAUAAAAUUUACAAAUAUGUCACAGAAUGUUAAUUUUGAAAUAUAUACAACUCCACUAUAUGAAGAUUAUAUUAAUAAAGAUUUAAUAAAAACUUCUAAUAUUACUCAAGUAAAUGAGAUAAUAUCCAAAGUACAAAAUCUUGUUUUUUCUGCAAUGAAUGAUACAUAUACUAUUCCUUCUAACAUAAUUUCUCAAAAUGUUUCUGAAUUUUUAAAUAUAACAAAAUAUUUUGAAUUAGAUAUUCAUACAAAAACUAUAAAACAAAAUAAGAGUAUUGAAAGUGAACCUGAUAUAAAUAUUAAAAUCAAUAUUUAUCAAAAUGAUAGUGCAUCAAAGAUAAUACAAGAAAAUGUGGAUAAAUGUUUUAUAUCAACUAAAUUUUUAAAGAUACAUUUGUUUGCAUUAAUAUUUGUAAUAUAUUUUCUGCCAAUUUUAUUCUCUUCAAUUUUACAUCAAUAUGGUAAACUGAAAUGUCAAAUUAUUCUAAAAAACUUAAAAGCAAAAUAUAUAAUGCAAUUAAACGAUUUUAAUUCUAAAUCUAGUAAUUCAAAAGAUGUUAUAUUUUUAAAUAAAAACAUUCAAGAAUCAAUAAAUCUUAAUAAAUUAUAUCUAAUAGAAACUCAACAAGAAGAUUUUAAGCAAAAUUGGAAUGAACAUUAUAAAGAUCAACAAAACAUUUCAUUUCAUGAGAAAAAAAUACAAUUAAAUGCAAUACAUCAAAUAGAAAAUAUGUUACAUCUUUUUAAUAAUAUUAAAGUGUCUUUACUUUGUGGAAUAUUAUUAUGGACACCUUUAUUUUUUGAAUGUUUAAUGAAAGUAUUUACAGUUUUAUACAUACCAGAAUGGUUAUUAAAUAUAACAUAUUUAACAGGUAUUUCAUUUAAUACUUUACGAAAUAUUUUCAAUCUUAAAAUGAUAAGACUUCAAGAGAAGAAUAUGAAUAAUAAAAAAACAAAUAGUAUUCAUCCUAUUACAUAAAUCUGAACUAUAUUUAAUUAUCUAAUUAUUUAAAUGAUUAAAAACAUUUUAUUG